GCCGAAGGCAAGCUCACUUGCCAAGCGGUCGCGUCUUCGUGAUUGGACAUUUGUCUCGUAAAGAGGUUAUUCCCGGAUGUUGGACUCUGCAUCAGCGCGUGAAGAUGCCAACCUGGAUUUGGCAGGUCAUCGUGUUCCAAGCAGAAAGCUUAUCAGACCUUGGCUCGACGCCCCAAGAUGCUUGUUUUCCAACCACGUUCAAGUCCCGCCACCUUCGGAGCAUUGCACUAGAACGUCGUCCGAACGAUCGCGUACUGAAGAUGCUUCCUCGGCUCGCGCUAAGAUCUGGUUCCGUGUUUUUUUUCUCUCGUUGGCGGACAUUACGCGUGGUCUUCGCUCGCCUCAAUGAGGACCCAGCUGGAUUAGUACUUCUCCAAAGCGUGGCGUUAUUUGCCGCGAAGGGCCUUUUUGCGAAGCGAAGGAUCGGCAGUUCAUCCCGGCCUCGGUGGCACCGCGUCUCUAACCGCUGGAACAAAUGAAAUCGCUUCUGACAUCACCCUGGCCCGUCGCGCGUGCUUCUUCUUGGUGCUGUUCCAGAAAUGAUCUGCUGGUAAUUGGUGGAGAGGGAGAUUCGAUCCGUCGCCUUCCCGGAUUCUGGAAACAACACAUGCCACGGCGGCGUUCUUCGAUAACGUCCUUGAAUGCAACCCUCCUUGCGCUCUACCGUGUGGACGGAUUGACUAGCGAUGGGUCCUUUGCCUGUGGUGUGGAGAUCAUUAGACCUUCUAUUUAGAGACCGGGCCUGCUCGUGGAUCCAUACCCCAACUUGUGCAGCUUUUCAUUUUGCUUGUGCUUGAGCAGCUCCAAAAUACCGAUCAACAAUGGCGAAAGUAGGAGGCCUUCUCCCGGAUGAGAAAGAUCCUCGACUGGAUGCGGCCAGCGGUCUUGGAGAUGGCAUGUUUGACGGCGCCAUUCGCCCGCAGCACAGGAAGCUGUACGAUCCCGAUGUAUCCUUCGAAGAGUACCACUACUAUGCAAAGAGAACUCGGGAGGACCAGAGGCGUACGGCAGAGAUCGCGGCGAGGGAAAAGACGAACCUCCUCAAGGUCAUCUUCCCGCCAAAAACCAACAAAGUGGAUCUCGACGAGAAGAUGAGCAACCUGAACACCAGCAGAGCAGAGGAGCGUGCGGCGGUUAGUGACGAAGAGUGGGAAAAUGCUUCGAAAGCUCUACGCAACGCGACUGCCAUGGCUGUGUUCUAUCUGCUCACGACAGACGUGCUUGGGCCAUUUGGCUUGCCCUACGCCGUUGCAACCACUGGAUGGGGGUACGUGACACACGGGCAGCUACGACGUCGUUCGGGGCUAACAGAAUGUAAAGCCCAAGUGUAGCAUUAUACACGGUCUUCGGUGUCAUGGCUGCCAUUUCCGGCUCUCUGCUGUGGCUAUGUUUCAUGGGCCUGGAUUCGUACCAAUUCCCCGUGCGCACCUAUGCAGACCUCGCGUUCCGAAUCUUCGGUAGCUCGGCACGAUAUGUCGUCCUUGCAUUCCAGGCUCUUCAACUGUUGAUGAACGUGUCCAUCAUCUUGAUCAGCAACGGCGAGGCUCUUUCACAGGCUAGCAAGUUCAAGCUGUGCUACGCCAUCUGCGUCUUCGUGUGGGCAAUAGCUGGCUUUGUCUUCGGCCAGAUCAGGACUCUCCAGAAGUUCGGCUUCCUGGCCAACUUCGCCAUUUGGAUCAAUCUGUUGAUCAUGUUCAUCACCAUGGGCGUCGCAGCGCACUCGCCUCCACUUUACUCGGCCUACACAGCAUCGGCAGGCUACAGCAUUAACCCCAACCUCGUCAUGCCUAAUUCUGCCGGAGUGUACCCACCUGUCCAGCACUCGGCUGGUCUGCCUGAUCAGUCCAACUUCGCUGCCUCCAUCAACGGGUUGAUGAAUGCCGUGUACGCAUACAGUGGAACUCAGAUUUUCAUCGACUUCAUGGCCGAGAUGACGCAUCCACGAGACUUUUUGAAGUCAAUGUGGGGCUCGCAACUGUUCAUUUACAUCUGCUACAUGUUGUACGGACUAUACAUGUAUGGCUUCCAAGGCCAGUAUGUGCAGAACCCAUCGUACCUUGGAAUUUCUCCGUACAACUGGUCCACUGCCGGUAACGCACUCGCCAUGGUUUCUGCUCUAAUUGCAGCCGCCCUCUACGGAAACGUCGGCUUAAAGGUCAUCUACAACAGCAUCGGUGUCCAAAUAUUCAACGCCCCACCGUUGUACACUAAGAGGGGAAAGUGGAUUUGGGCUGGUAUCGUCCCCAUCUACUGGUCCAUCGCGUACGUGAUUGGUGGAGCCAUUCCUGCGUUCUCCGGGUUUGUGGCCCUCGUGUCCGCCGUCUGCGCGAUGCAGUUCACAUACUCCUUCCCGCCUCUGCUGCACAUUGGCUACAUGGUUCAGAAGAACGCGAUGAAACCAGGCGAGGGUUUCGACCCUGCUACCGGACAAGUGAAACGAAGCGACUCGGGACUGAAGCGCAUCGUGCGUGGUUUCUUUGCGAAGCACUGGUACAUCAACGUGCUUAAUUUGCUGUAUCUCCUUGGCGCGCUCGCCUGCGCCGGACUAGGCAUGUGGGCGGCUAUCAAGAACAUGAUCUUGAUCUACGCCGUGCCGCAGCUGAACGCCUUUGUAUGCAAGUCUCCUCUUGAUGCAUCCGCGUAAAAGGGCAGUGCACAUCGCAUGGAAAGGUAGAUGAUCUUAGGGGUCUUGUGUCCUUGGUUCAGCUUUCCCUGCUCCGU